AUGGGAGAUCUUAUGAAAAGACAAUUUAACAUCCUAGAUUUAUCUGGAAAGAAAUUUUUGGAAUGGAAAGUGGAUGCCAUGAUGAAUUUAAAAGCUCAAGGGUUGGAGCACACUGUUAAAGAUAAUAAAAGUCCCUCUGGUCAAACAACUGAUACUACCACUUCUGCAAUGACGGUUGAAAAACCUUUUACUGAACAAGAAAAGGCACAAGCCUUAGUGUUACUAAGGCAUUAUUUACAUGAAGGCCUUAAAAUUAAGUACAUGAUGGUUGAAGAUCCCAAAGAAUUAUGGGAUUGCCUUAAUGAAAGAUUUGGACACCACAAAAGGGUGCUCCUUCCUAAGGCAUUAUUUGACUGGACAAAUUUAUGGUUCCAGGAUUUCAAAUCAGUAAUUGUUUACAAUUCAACCAUACAUGAGAUAAUAUCUAUAUUGAAAUACUGUGGUCAUUCAGUCACCGAUGAACAAAUGAUUGAAAAAACACUCACUACCUUUCAUGCAAGCAACGUACUGUUGCAAAAACAAUAUCGUGAAAGAGGUUUUAAAAAGUUUAAUGAAUUAAUGAGUGUAUUGCUUGUUGCGGAACAAAAUAGUGAUCUUUUGUUGAAAAAUCAUAAUCUUAGACCAACUGGGUCUUUGGCUACUCAUCAUGAGGCAAAUGCAACAAGUUAUUAUCCACCCGAGGCAAAUGCUACACGAAAAGGUGGACGUGGAAAUUACAAUGGCCGUGGAAGAGGCCGUGGAAAUUAUCGCGGAUGA